AUGUGUCGUUUCUGCCUCCCGGAGCCUCUCAGCUGAGACAGUCAGAUAUCAGGCGCGAGCAGACGGCGCGCAGCCUCCUGUCACACGGGCGCACGCGGGCGCACGCAGGCGCACGCACGGGUACAUAGGCGGCACGCAUGUGCAGCCCCGCGUGGCGCGGGCCAUGAGCGCGAGGGCUCCUGGCACCGCAGGCAGACGCGCGGGGACGGACGGAUAAGAGCGCGUUCGCCGGUCCCACAGAGAGCAGGAUGUCGGUCAAGCUGCGGUUCCGGAACCCGGCGGAGGGCGGAGUGCAGAGGAGUCGCUCCUUUACGGGCUUUAGCUCGCUGAGCAGCCGGCGCCGGGCCUCCUCUGCGCAGAGCUCUCUGAGGUCGAAAGGGCCGUUGGGGAAGUCUCCCAGAGGUCCUCCCCUCUCCGGCCGGACCGGCGGCAGCACGUGGGGGCCUCGGCCAUCCCGAGUGGACAGGGUCUUCCAGGCCUUGAGGAGCGGCCUGAGGGAGUAUCUACAGAACCAUCAGGCUGAAAUGGACUUCCUGUCCUCACAGCAGAGAGACAGCAAGAGAAACUCCAGAUUGGCUUUCCUGUAUGACUUGGAAAAGGAGAUUCGAGCUCUGGAACGAUACAUGCACAGGCUGGAAUUCCACAUCAGUAAGGUGGAGGAGCUGUAUGAGCACUACUGCAUCCAGUGGCGUCUAUGCCAGGGAGCUGUGAACAUGAAGAAGGCUUUCUCCCUUUCUCCAUCCUCUCGUGCCUCCCGUGACAGUCUCCUUGAACUCAACCGCAAUCAUCGGCACAGCCUGGAGGACAUGAACGUGAUGGAAGGAGAGCUGGAGAUUCUUUUAGGUGAACUGCGUAUCAAGAUGAAAGGUCUGGUGGGUUUUGCCCGUCUGUGUCCAGGAGAUCAGUAUGAGGUAAUGAUCCGGCUGGGGAGGCAGAGGUGGAGGAUAAAGGGGAAGAUCCACACAGAUGACCAGCAGUCGUGGGAUGAGGAGGAGAUGGUCUUCCUCCCUCACAUACAUGAGAACUUUGAAAUAAAGGUGACAGAAGUGAAAGGCUUGGUCUCUGCGCCCGUGGGCGUGGUGACCUGCGAGAGCGUGGGCUUCUUCACGGCGCGGCCGCAGAUGAUGAUCGUGGACAUCACAGAGCUGGGCACCAUCAAGCUUCAGCUGGAGGUGGUGUGGAACCCCUUCGACAGCGGGGAAACGAAGCCCGUCACCACCUCCCCCAGCAAGCUGUCCGUUCCCAGCAGGAAGGGAUCCAUCUACAGCUGGACCCCACCCAGUACACCGAGCUUCACAGAGAAGUAUUUCAUUACCAUGGCCAGGCAGCUCCAGGACUCUGAGAACUAUCUUUCUUUGAGCUCCAAAGAGUCCAGAGGGGUCUCACUUUUGAGCUAUCUAUCAGAGAGCUCCCAGACCUUCGUGCCCUCCAUCUUUGGGGGAAGCGAAGUGCAGAUCAGCACCGAUCAGCUCUCCGACAUAGCAGAUGAGCAGGGAAAGAAGCUACCUGACGGGAACAGCGAGGACUGGUCACCCGGCUCAGACGUGGGACCACCCACACCCGGCGAGGGUCUGCUGUCUCCUUAUGGACAUAGCACCCCAGACAUCCUCAAGCAGAACAAGGGCAGCGCUCCGUCCACGGAAGUCCAGGACACUGGGGACAAGGGCACGAGUGUGAGUGUGAUGGAACAACCCAGCUUGAAAGACCCUGGAGAGCCGCCUCCUACCAAUCCGGAAGACGGCAGCAGGGAGAAGAGGGACUUGGCCCGGGCCGUCAGCAGCCUGCUGGACCAGCUGGAUGCAGAAGUUCAGCAGAGAUACUGGUCAGAGCCUGAGAUGAAGAAGCUGGAGAAGCAAGUAAUGGACUUCAGGAACAUCUUGAAAAAUGAACUCUCUCUACACAAGUCUUCCUCCACCGAGACACUGUCAGUUGAGGAAGUCCUUGGCAGUUUUGACUUCCUGUCCACCGACUUCAGUAUGGAUGAGCUCUCUUCCCUGAGCAGCAUGAGACUGCAAAACGUGGAAAUCGGCUCAUUUAAGGAGAACGCUCUGGCUGGACUGAGCUUGCUCCCACAAGACGGCCCACCUUGCAAGAAAGCCGAGAACAUCCCGCUGACCACCGGCCACUCUGGCCUGGACCAGACUUUGGAAAUUCAUCUAAGCAUCUGCAAUGUGCUACUGCAGCAAAUAAAAACCUCAGAUUCAUCACUUGUCAAGAAAGAGCUACUGGAAGAACUAUCUAGGCAACUUGAGAUACUAGAAAAUAUAAGCAAGUUGUCACUGGAAAAAAAUAUUGAACUGACCUCAAUAAAAGAGAUGCUUCCCAAGGCGCAAAGACAGAAGACGCUGCUGUCCUUCUGGGACGAGUGCACCCGGGACUCUUCCAUCUUCUGCUGCUCGGCCAGGGCCUUCGCUCUGCUGCUGAGGAAGCGUUUCAUCCACAAGGUCAAAGCUAAAGAGCCGGGCCAGGUGGAUUCAGCCUUCGCUCAGCUGCUGCAGCAGAUGCAGUCCAGCUGCCGGAUGGUCCCCGCACCGCGGUGCAGCACGGACCACGUGACCGUCUUCCAGCUCUUCAAUUACCUGACCAGAUGGGGAGUGACCGACUUCGGGGAGCACGUCUCUCGCCUUGCCAAAGAAAUGCACUUGGUGAGCGCCCUGGAGAGCCCCAAGCGGAGGAAGGCCCUGAGGAAGCUGAAAGGGAAGCGGAUCGCGGAUCUGCACCCGCUCGGUGCCACGCUGCAGCUCCUGGCCGGGCUUCAGAUGGACGUCAACCACAAGGUGUCCCAGGCAGCCAGCUCCUGCCUCUGCAGGGCCUCUACCAAUAAGAGCUUCCGAGCAAAGGCGGUAGUGUACUACACCGCGAUCCUGACACAGAGCGACGUGAAGCUCCAGCAGGCAGCAUGCUUUGCCCUCAAGUGCCUUAAAGCGGCGGAAAGUGCGGAGCAGGUGGCUGAGCUGUGGAGAUCUGCGGACGAGGAGCUGCGUAACGCCGCCAGAGAGACCGUGCUGUCCUUUGGUAAAAAAGGACAUCUGGCAUUUCAGCGAAUGGACAAUAUCUGCUGCGAGCUGCAGGAGGAACUGUACCGAAAUGAGGACACUGAGAUCACUAUUUUGUGAAACGCCUGAGUGAUGUCAGUCCGUCAAGCCGAUGAAUGGAAGAAGUAUCGUUUGACUCUCGGAGGAUGAGGGCUCCCUAAUAGCACAGCAUGUGGUGAGGGCAGAGGUCACGGUCUGCAUGUGAAACCAGCGAGAUCCAGGAGAUUGGAACCGGACUACUGCUUCGUACGGCGUUUUGGAGUCUAAGGUUCCCAGUG